AUGAAGGAUGGCUUAUUCAACGAUUCGUUAGUAAUAUGGAAAUGGAAAGCCUGCCAUCGUUCGUGGCAACGAGAAGCCGAAGCCUGGGCAUGUAGCAGGGCGGUAGUUCUUAUUGACCCUUUGAUAACAUUAAAGAAAAGGAAUGAUACUGCAAAAUCGGAAAUUAGGAAUACGGAACUUCCAGAAUUUGCUGAUCCCUUAGGUGCUAACGUCGAGGAUCGUAAAACGAAUGCGGUUUUUAUGUCAGAAGACUUACCAAUUGUUUCAAAAAGGAAAGUGGAACCGAAAUUAGCUAACACUUUGAUUAGCAAAGAUGAAAUAGUUACAACCACUGAAGAGGAACUACCCGGUUUUAUACCGUGGUCAUCGAAAAAGCAAGACAUAUUGAAAUCUUUUUUGGAUGCCGAAGACUCAAAGAUUUCAUAUUUACACUGUGUCCCGGAUUUGAAAAAAACUGAUGUGUCAUUUGUUAAACGUAUGGCGCAAAGGUUGGAACAGUUGGAGGAUGCGGCAGGUUGGAAGAAAUUAGCGGAACACUCAUGGGAAGAAAAUCUGGCUAAAAUCAACGAAUUACGGAAAAAUUUGGAAAUAGCUUGGGCCAGGGAGAAGAAAAUAGAAUCUGUUAAUUUGGCAGUAGAAGUUGCAAAUAUUCUCGGAUUUGCAUCAGCAGCUAGUAUCUAUCCACAUCAAUUCGUCCUUAUAACAGAUGUUUUGGAUGAGUUCGGACACCUGGUUUAUGAUCGUCUAUAUACUAAAGCAAACAAGGAACGUGCCGAAGCGGGUUUAAAUCAGCUGCCAAAUAACUUUACAGUGGAUGACGUACCGAAACAAACACGGGAUGUUGCAAGAAAUUGGUUUUGUAAAAUUGGUGAUAUCACUGAGUUCUUACCACGUUUUUAUGUGGAAACUGCUCUUAUUGGUUGUAUCCGUUUUCUCGAUGCGGAAUCGUUGUCGGUGAAUUUGUUACGCCUUGCCAGAAUUCCGGUAUCACUACCGAAUCCACUGGUAUCAUGUUAUGCUCGUGCUUAUCUAUGUCGUGUUGCAAUGCGGCUUACUCCGAAUGAUCGUGCACCUCACUGGAGAUGUUUCAACGACUGGAUCAAUACAAUCCCGAUUCAACCGAUGCCAGAAGUAUUAAUGCCAGCUCUAGAAUGGAUUAUUCAAUGUGUUGCAUAUAAUGCUACAGCAUACGACGAGUUGCAAACUCUUUGGGAUCUUUGCGCAGAUAAUGACAGACGAUCCAUAUUUUUGCUUCCUUUUUUGCGUGCUGUACCUUCUAAUUAUUUGUCUCGGCACGCUUUGGAUGCUUGUAAAUUGAUAGUUGCUGAUGGAAAUCUAAGUUGUAUGGAGCUUUGUGUUCUCGGUAGAAGACUGAUGGAAAAUAAUAUUGAGAAUGAGCUAAACCGAAUUAUUCUGAAAAAUUGCUGGCAAAAAAUUAUCCACCUAAUAAGAAUCCAAGAUUUCAUUGAAUGUGCAGUUGUAUGGAUUGAAUUUGCUGCUCGCUAUUUUACAUUGAGCGAGGUUGAUGUUAUGCUGGAAAUAAUUAUAAAACGAGUUACACCUGAUAAGAAAUACGAAGCUUUCAUGGAUGAACUGUUAUGUAUCUUGGAAAAAAUUACACAUUGGAUUGAUGAGACAAAGGAUUUAGUUGUAUUGAACCACUUUCAAACAAUGGUCGAUUUAUUCCGUGGUGCGCAACAGCGUGGAGAUUGCGCUACCACAGUGUUAUCUGCUUUCAUACGCUCUUGUGAGCUUUCAUCGAUUGAUGAUUUCCAACUUGCAAAUCAGAUACUUCAUAUUUGCCAGAUGCUUCAUGAUUCUUUAAGUGCCCUUUCAAUAGACGAAGAGAAACAGCGUGCUGCCUUUUAUAUCAUCCGUGCUUUGGACCGAUUUAAACUGGAAGCAGAUCCGGAACGGGCACUUGAUUUUUUUGUCGAUGCACGUGCUGCUUUUUCCAAUUUGGAUAAAGUCAUUGCUUACCUUGCCACAAAAGUAUGCUCUCUUGGCUUGUAUGUAGUUCGUCAGAAAAGGAUUUCUCAUGCAGGUGAAACAUUUCUACGGGCUUGUAUAGCAUAUGCAUUUAUUACAGUAGCAUCAUUAUCUAGCUCAGUAACCAAAAUUGAGGUCUACAUCCAGGCUGGAAUAUUGAGCUUAACCAGCAAUUCACUUCCACAGGCGGAUGCGAUCUUGAAGUGUUCGAUCGAAGUACUGGCAGCGGCUCAUGAUCUUAAGGUGUCAAUUUACCGAUCUGUCUGUUCCUCGUUCCUCGCAUUUUUGGUAUUAGUUCCUGAUCCUCCGAACAAGAAUCCUUUAUACAUGUUUAAUGCAUUUUUAAACGCUAUUGCCAGGUAUCCUUGGCGAAACGAAUCCUUAGAGCACGGGCGUGUUUUGUUGGAAUGUAUUUGUUAUCUCUCAAUAAUGAAUCAGUCGGAGUUGCCAUAUCAUAUAGCGUUUGGUGGCGUGCAAUCGAAUGACACUUUAUAUGGUGGCACUGAAGAGUUCAUGGAAUUAAUCAAGGAGAAAUGUGAAAUAGUAAUGGGUCGCCUAGAAGAUAUCUACAAGCAGGAUAGAGAUAAACUGUCACUGUUAGCUAUUGAAAUCUUAGAAGCAAUCCUCAGUUUGGGAGAUGUUGAAGCGUUGGCUACUUUGGUCAUUGAGCUUUAUGGUGAUUCUACUGCAACAUCGGAGUUACGGAGACGACGAGAAUUGAUUUUGAGAAAAAUUCAGCAAUUUGCAAAAAAGAAUAAAGAAUUGGAAAAGUUGUAUGAACAGUUGUAUAUUUUGGAAUAUUCUGCUCACGACAAAAAGAGAUAA